ACUGUUGGCCAUUUUCAAGAAAGACCCGUUUUGUGGGUAUUGUGAUUUUAGCCUAGGAUUAUGCUUUACCAUGGACACCUUAAUCCCGACACUUCUGCUUGUACUGUGGCUGAAAAGUUUUCUAAAUUGGAUGGUAGUUGUGAUACAGCGGCACUACAUGAUCCAGUCCUUCUCAGGAUUCUUCUGCAUUUCCUUGGCACUGAUUGAUACAUUCCUGAGUUGUGUUCACACAGCAAUAUUCCAUUUGGAGGAUGUCAACAUCGCUGGCUGGCGUCUCACCAGGUACCACGGAUGCCUGCUGGCUCAAAUCACUUGUUUUAUGUACGCCGUUCUCCACUGGCCAGUGUUUUUCUUUGUAGGUCUGGAUAAAUUUUGGACACUGUCACCAAGCUCAGCACAUAAGCCCUGGGCUCGAAAUCUGAUUUACACUGCGGGAGUGUCUCUCCUUUGGAUUCUUGCAGCUUUUUAUGUUUUCUGGAUCUUUGAUGUUUCUUUACUUGGAGAUGAUAAAAACCAGUGCCACCUGUACAGUAGCCCUCAGAGUCCUCAGGUAUUCAACGCAUUAGUUUUGACAGUUACCUGCGUGCUUCUUUAUUCAUACUCUCCAUGUGAGAAAUGGAGUACCCAACAGACCUGUUCAGUGUAUUUAAGGUACAUAGUGUAUACCUUCCUCAGCACGUGGGCAUCAUUUCUGAUUCUGAUGAUAAUCCUUCCGUUGCUGCCAACAGAGAUGCAUGCACAUCUGCAAAUGAAUGUCCUUUGGUUGUGUUUCCUCAACAGCUUCUCUGUAGCUAUGGCUCUUUGCGGCCACUCUUUUGCAUGGAAUGCCAAGAACAGCGAUUCCAUAACAGAUGGUUUUUGUUCCUGGUCUUUUGAUUUUUUUACAUAUGGGGAUGACGGGCGGAAUUAUGGACAACAAAAAGACAAAACCAAAGACCACAUUUUAGUUAAAACACUAAAUGUUUGACCAGAAUAAACUUGGAUCUUUUGAAGGAAGAAAAUCACAAUGGUUUUUAUUACAUUGAUUAACAUAUAUACAUUUACUUACAAGCCCUUAUGGUAUUUGUGAACCACCUCUGCUUCAUUUCUUUAAUAUGCUGGUCCAGUUUGGAUAUUAUUCAAUAUUUUUUAGACCAAUGGUUUUCAAAUUUUGUGACAUGUAUGAUGAUCCGUGUAUGAUGACUCUCAAGAUGCACAAAGACAUGGCAAGUUUGACAUUACAGAACUUAACUUGAAUUGAAUCCAAGUUUAUUGUCAAUACAAGGUAUAUUUACAAUGUCUGAAAUUGCUGGGGGGGGGGUUGUGUUCAAUUGAUACAACUGAGGUAUUAGCUAAAAGCAUGAACUUGUAUUUAACUAGUAAUUAUCAAUCAUGAUAAACAGUUUGAGAUGUGUCAUCUGCUUUAAAAAAAAACAUCUUAUUUCACAACAUGAGGUAGGAGAGCAAUGUCUUUCAUGCAAGAGCAAAAAUCUUUCAUCACACUGAAGGACUGGCAACAUAUUAUGCAAUGAUACACACAAACACUGCAUUUCAUAUUUCAGAAUUGCAACUUAAAAUAUAUUUGCUGUUUACAAAAGUUGUAAACAAUUACAUCUUUAUUACAGUGUUAAGUGUGCUGUCAAAAAAGAAAAGA